UAAUGCAUUAAUCCUCUUACCAAUGAACUUUGUUCGGUAACCAGCAGAGUAUUACAAUGGGAUGUUAUCUCUGAACUGAGCUCUCUGCUCUUAGAAAUUAAAGUGUGAUUAUUGCUGCAAAAUCAGAUAGUCACAAGACAUUUGGCUUUCAUUAUUGUUUAUUGACAGGUUUUGUACACUCAAACAUUGUCAACCAACAAACUACUUGUUUUAUUUUCCAGCGAUAACUCGAGGCUUAACUUUAUGCGCUUCAGAGGAAUGAAAAUGGGCCUCUAACAAUGCUUCGUCUACCAUGGGCAGUGUCACGCUACGCUACUUCUGCUAUGGAUGUCUUUUUACAUCCGUGACCUGGACACUUCUCCUUUUCAUCUACUUCAACUUUAGCAGCGAAAGCUAUACUUUCAGCAAUGUGCCCUUCCAGGGGAACCAGCGAGUGCCAUGGAGAUUCAAACCCCGAUUUACCAAAGGACCCAAACGUCUGCCUGAAACACAGCACCAAGACAAAGCAGACAGCCAGUUUAUGAAGCACAUACCAAAAAUAUCAGAGGAAAAACUGGAGCACUUUUCAGAAUUGGGUAUGAUUUUCAAUGAAGUAGAUCAGCAGAUUCGGAAUGCAGGAUACCAGAAACACGCUUUUAAUGUGCUCAUCAGUAAUCGUUUAGGCUACAACAGGGAUGUUCCUGAUACCAGAGACUCAAAGUGUAAAGAAGAAAGCUACCCAAUGAAUCUACCUUCUGCCAGCAUUAUUAUCUGUUUUUAUAAUGAAGCUUUUUCCGUUCUGCUGCGGACAGUGAAGAGUGUGCUAGAUCGUUCCCCAGCAAAUCUGCUGCAGGAAAUCAUCCUUGUAGAUGACCACAGCGAUUUCAUUAAUCUAAAAGAUGAACUUGAGGACUACAUUUGGAAAUCUCUACCCAGAAAAGUGAAGCUGGUCCGAAAUUCUGAACGAGAGGGGUUGAUACGUGGCAGAAUGAUUGGAGCAUCCCAUGCAACAGGAGAUAUACUGGUGUUUCUUGACAGUCACUGCGAGGUGAAUGAGUUGUGGCUACAACCCCUGCUAGCUCCAAUUAUGCAGGAUCUCAAGACUGUGGUGUGCCCGGUGAUUGACAUCAUCAACGCUGACACAUUAAUCUACAGCGCCUCCCCAAUUGUGAGGGGAGGGUUUAACUGGGGCCUGCACUUCAAGUGGGAUCCAGUACCUGCUUCGAUGUUGAAUGGACCAGAGGGACAAACAGCAGCAAUCAAGUCACCUACAAUGGCAGGAGGACUAUUUGCAAUGAACAGGGAUUACUUUAAUGAACUUGGACAGUACGACAGUGGCAUGGAUAUUUGGGGAGGAGAAAAUCUGGAAAUUUCAUUUAGGAUUUGGAUGUGCGGGGGUCAGCUAAAAAUCAUUCCAUGCUCCAGGGUUGGGCACAUUUUCCGUAAGCGUCGGCCGUAUGGUUCACCCAGAGGGCAGGAUACCAUGGCUCACAAUUCUCUUCGCCUAGCACACGUCUGGAUGGAUGAGUUCAAGGAACAAUACUUUGCUCUCAGGCCUGAGCUUAGAGUCAGAGAUUACGGUAACAUCAGUGAACGUGUCGAACUGAGAAGAAGGCUGAAGUGUAAAUCGUUCAAGUGGUAUCUGGACAAUGUCUACCCAGAGAUGAAAGUUCUUGGACCAAAUGAAAAAGCCAGAGCACAGCAGUCGCUAAAUAGAGCUGUGAAACGGCCAAAGGUUCUCCAGCAUGGAAGGAUAAGACAUCUGCUGUCAGGCAAGUGUAUCAGUGCUCAGAGCCAUCCGAGCCAGAAAGGAGGAAUAGUGGUAGUCAAAGAAUGUGACUUAUCAGAUCCAAAUCAAAUUUGGAUUUAUAAUGAAGAACAUGAAUUAAUUUUGGCCAACCUUCUCUGCCUGGACAUGGCAGAGACUCACUCAUCAGAUUCUCCACGUCUUAUGAAAUGUCACGGGUCUGGGGGAUCACAACAAUGGAUUCUGGGGAUAAAUAACCGCAUAUACCAAGUGUCAGCUGGGCAGUGCCUUCAAGUGGUAGAUCCUGACAACAUUAAAGGAUACAUCGCCAUGGCAAUUUGCGAUGGCUCUAUUGUGCAGCAAUGGCAGAUAGAGAGCUGAAUGGAGAAGUGGUCUUUCGAAAAUUGAAUUUCAAUUGAAAAACACUCGGGAGCGGAAAAAGCUGAGCAUUACACCUUGUAACGAAAGGCCAGGAAAUCCUUGACUGAGUCUUCAUCUCAACCGUUUCAGCUAGCUGAUCAUGAUUUAAAACAACUAUUUUAUCACAAAAUAUUUCCUAUUUUUUUGCCUCAGAUUCUAUGAAUAUCAUGAGCUGAAUAGCUUUGAAAUUGUAAAAAAAACCUGUAUAAGAUUUUAAUUAUUUAUAUAUUUCAAUGAUAUGAUUGUUCUAGGCUUGGUGGAGUUACAUACAUUUGAAUGGAUGUCAAGCUUAAUUUUUUUUAAUUCUCAUGAAAGAUUUACAAUAUAUAAUGUGAAUUAGAGCCAUCCAAUAAAGAUUUUAUCAUGUACGGUUAUAUGCAACAUGCUUAAAUUGCAAUUAUAUUAUGCAAUAUCUUUUCCAGAAAAUCUUCCCUCUUCUUGCACUGAAUUCCAAUACCAUUGGUGGCAAUUGAAAGGUUAAAGUAUUUGAUAUGUAUGGCCUGAUAAACAGGCAUCAAAGUAUCCAGUUUCUGACUUAUUUAGUAAUAACUUCCAAAAUGAUGGGAAUAUUGUUGUAUGAGAUGGUUGGAGAUUGUUUUAUUGACUGCAUGCAGCAUCAUUAAUGUUAAAAGGGAGUUUGAGGAGCUGCAUUAAUUUCAGAUUCAAUUCAAUGCUAACUUAUUUUCCCUCUUCCUUCUGAUCAAGUAGGCCAAUUACAGCCAGCAUUGCCCUCAGAAUGUACAUUAAUUUCCUAUCAAGACCUGUGUGUUGCAAACAUUUUUUUUUUGAGGUGCCGCCAGAAUGCGGCACCUCACCUUCAACAAAUCUGGAGUGGAGCUAAUCUAGAGGACUAAUUAGAAACUGUUCAACCUACAGCACCUGCAAUCCAGGACCAAAGGCCACUCCAAUCUCUUUAGUAUGUGCAGGCAUUCAGAGGCCAAGUUACAAUUCAUCGUGAAAAGGAUUUAUUAUUAUUAUCCACUACAGUAUAAAUCCUUGUUCCAUUAUUUUACUUGUACGUAUGCAUAGUAUGAUUUAACUAGAUGGCACACAAAACAGGGGUUUUCACUGCAUCUUAGAACGUGUGACGCUAAUAAAGUAAAUUGCUAAUU